UGGUCACUUUUUACUAAUGUUUCGGAACAUGUUAUAAUAAAUACAUAAAUCGGUAAUCGGUCGCCUAUUGCAGGUUGCAUAUGUUGCACGUGAAAUCAUCUCUGUGGAAUUUAUUUCAGUCAAGCUUAAGCAAUGCAAAUUAACAACACUGCCUCUUAAGAAAAAAUAUUGAAAAGUAAAUGCAAAUAGUGGACUUCUAUGAGUAACCUAAGACCAUAACGCUUUGCCUUCAUAUUUAAAUAAUGAACUUUCGAAGAGAAAUGUUGUGAAUUGUUGUAAAAUAGUGUGCUAUGUAAUGUCUUCAUUUUUUCCAUUAACCUCAAAGUUGAUAUGAUGGUGACGGAUAUAUAAAUAAUUUUUAUUUCAAAUAUUUCUUCAGACAAAAUUAAUUCAAAACCAGAAGGUAUUUCUAUAAACAACAAUGGCGAGUGUUUCAUAUCAAAUUGCAAAUUUGCUUGAGAAGAUGACUUCUUCAGAUAAAGAUUUCAGAUUCAUGGCAACUAAUGAUCUGAUGACUGAAUUGCAGAAAGAUAGUAUAAAACUUGAUGAUGAUUCUGAGAGAAAAGUAGUCAGAAUGCUCUUGAAACUCCUUGAAGACAAAAAUGGCGAAGUUCAGAACCUGGCAGUAAAAUGUUUGGGUCCUCUUGUGAACAAAGUCAAAGAAUAUCAAGUUGAAACAAUUGUUGAAUCGCUUUGCACAAACAUGGUUUCAGAUAAAGAGCAGUUGCGGGAUAUUUCUAGUAUUGGACUGAAAACUGUCAUUGCAGAGCUUCCACAAGCUCCAGGAGGUUUGUCUGGCAAUAUUUGUAAACGAAUUACAGGGCGAUUAACAACGGCAGUGGAAAGGCAAGAAGAUGUGUCCGUGCAGCUAGAGGCUUUAGAUAUCAUAACAGAUUUAUUACUAAGAUUUGGACCUGUUCUACAAGCUUUUCAUGUCUCAAUAUUAGCAGCUUUGCUGCCUCAGUUAUGUUCACAACGGCAAGCUGUAAGAAAGCGAACUAUAAGUGCUUGCAGUAAUUUAGUACUGUCCUGUAACAACUCUCUCUAUACAAAACUGAUUGAUCACUUAUAUAAUGGCCUUUGUUCUGAUAAAAAUAACUCUCAGAUAAGGACUUACGUACAGUGUGUGGCUGCAGUUUGUCGACAAUCGGGACACAAAUUUGGAGAACAUAUUGAAAAAUUUGUUCCAUUAAUAUUACAAUGUAGCGAGGUUGAUGAUGAUGAACUACGGGAAUUUUGUUUACAAGCUUUUGAGAGUUUUAUCAAUCGUUGUCCCAAGGAAAUCACUAAAAAUAUCCCUUCGAUCACUGAUUUAUGCCUUAAAUACAUGGUUUAUGAUCCUAACUACAACUAUGAUGAGGAUGAGACUGGUACGGGACAUAAUGAUCCAUAUGAUGAUGAUGAAGAUGAUGAGGAGAAUGAUGAGUAUAGUGAUGAUGAUGAUAUGAGUUGGAAAGUAAGAAGAUCUGCUGCCAAAUGUCUUGAAGCCAUUAUAUCGACAAGACAUGAAUUACUUCCAGAAUUUCAUAAAGUUUUGUCACCUGCUCUGAUCGCAAGAUUCAAAGAACGAGAAGAAAAUGUCAAGUCGGACAUUUUCCAUGCUUAUAUCGCUUUACUCAGGCAAACUAGAGCUACAGUGAAUGUAAACAUGGAUCCCAAUGCCAUGGUAAUGGAUGAUGAGGAAGAAACCCCGAUGUCUCUGCUUCAGCAACAAAUCGAUCUUCUGAUCAAAGGUGUACAAGGUCAAAUGCGAGAAAAAAGCAUGAAAACCAGACAAGACUGCUUCCAGUUACUAAAAGAAGUAUGUUCGGUCUUGCCAGGAGCUCUUGGGACCCACAUCGGCGACCUAAUACCAGGAAUACUGUAUUCAUUGGGCGAGAAGAAUGCCAGUAGCAAUAUGAAGAUCGAUGCAUUGUCUUUCAUUUAUUGCUUGUUGACUAGCCAUCAGCCACAAGUUUUCCAUCCCCAUAUCAACGUUUUGUUACCCCCCGUAAUCAGCGCAGUGGGGGAUAACUUUUACAAAAUCACAGCUGAGGCAUUGAACGUUCUUCAGGAGCUUGUUAAAGUAAUCAGACCUCUAAACGUGAACUCCGGAUUCGAAUUCACUCCUUUUAUCAAAUCAAUCUACACUUGCACUCUUUUGAGAUUGAGAACGGCUGACAUUGAUCAGGAAGUGAAAGAAAAGGCCAUCUCUACAAUGGGGCAGGUUAUCUGUAACCUAGGCGAUCAUCUUAAAAGUGAGCUACCUUUUUGCUUACCUCUAUUUUUGGAUAGACUCAAGAAUGAGAUUACGAGACUUACCACUGUCAAAGCUCUUACAAAAAUCGCUGGAUCACCCUUAGGUAUUGCCUUACCGAUUCUUCCUGAAGCAGUACCCACUCUGGCAUUAUUUCUCAGGAAAAACCAACGAGCUCUCAAGUUGAGCACACUGCAGUUAUUGGAUUGUUUAAUCAAAAACUACCAUUCAGAUAUGGACGAAACAUUCAUCUUUCCUAUUUUAAUAGAAAUUCCACCCCUACUUGAUGAAUCGGAUCUUCACAUUGCCCAGUGGACUCUUAUUAUUCUCAAAUCUAUUGCUACCUAUCAUCCUGUGGCUUUACGGGACAUAAAUAACCUUAUAAUGCCGCAUGUUCUUCUACUAGUCAAAUCUCCACUGUUACAAGGCACAGCUUUACAGUCAAUGUUGGAUUUCUUCAAAUCAUUAGUUAAAUGCAAUCUACCAGGGCUGAAUUAUGAUGCUCUCUUACGAAUGCUCCUUAUACCAAUAUCUCAACUCAACACCAAACAUUCGUCUACGUUGCACAAGCAGGCCUUCUAUUCUCUAGCAAAAUGUGUGGCUGCAAUAACUGUCACUUGCCAUUCUCAUGCUUUGCCGGUUGUGCCACAGUUCAUUAACGAAAUAGAGACUGCAUCGAAUGACUCCCAACAGAUGUUCGCACUUCUAGUUGUGGGAGAAAUAGGAAGAGAAAUAGAUUUGAAUACAAUAUCAAAUUUGAAGCAGGUGAUACUGCAUUCAUUUUCGGCUGUGUCAGAAGAAGUUAAAUCUGCUGCAAGUUAUGCCCUAGGUAGUAUUUGUAUUGGCAAUCUUCAACAAUAUUUACCUUUCAUCCUGAAAGAAAGUCAGGAUCAACCUAAACGGCAAUACCUUCUUUUACAUUCUUUGAAAGAAGUUAUAACAUGCUUAUCACAAACCCCGGCAGGUAUUCAGCAACUUCUUCCAUUCGUACCAGAGAUAUGGCAGCAGUUGUACCGACAUUGUGAAUGCACCGAAGAAGGUACAAGAAAUGUAGUGGCAGAAUGUUUGGGUAAACUCACUCUAAUAGACCCAAGUAAUUUAUUACCCAAACUGAAGAGAUCUUUAAAUUCACCUUCUCCUCUUAUGAGAACUACGGUUGUGACUGCUGUCAAAUUCACUAUAUCAGAUCAACCUGCUGCAAUCGAUCUACUAUUAAGGCAAUGCAUUGGGGAAUUCUUGAAUACUCUGCAAGAUCCUGAUUUGAAUGUGAGAAGGGUGGCAUUAGUAGCAUUUAAUUCUGCAGCUCAUAAUAAACCAUCUUUAAUUAGGGACUUAUUGGGAACUACCCUACCACAACUUUAUGGGGAAACAAUAGUAAAGAGAGAUUUGAUUAGAGAAGUUGAGAUGGGACCUUUCAAACACACGGUGGAUGAUGGUUUGGAUAUCAGAAAGGCAGCAUACGAAUGCAUGUAUACUUUAUUGGAUUCCUGUUUGGACAAAGUCGAUAUAUUUGAAUUCAUCAACCAUGUAGAGACUGGCUUGAAGGAUCAUUAUGAUAUCAAAAUGCUUACCUACCUUAUGGUGGCCAGACUGUCACAGAUUUGUCCUGGAGCAGUGUUUCAAAUGUUGGAUAAACUGGUCGAACCUUUAAGAGCAACUUUAACUAUGAAAGUGAAAGCGAACUCUGUUAAACAAGAAUAUGAGAAACAAGAUGAGCUUAAGAGAUCUGCCAUGAGAGCAGUUGUGGCUCUCUUGGGUAUACCCGAUGCAGAUAAGAAUCCUCACCUCAACGAGUUCGUUAAUCAGAUUAAAAAUUCUGCAGAUUUAGCACCCAUUUUUGAAUCUGUUCAGAAAGAUUCGUCCAGUUCACAUACUGAUUGUCUUCUGAUGGAUCUGUGUUGAGCAUUUUGAAUUGAAUUUGAAGAUUAUAAAUUAAUUUACUUAAACAUUGGUAAGGUUGAAUUUUAUGAAUUGAAUAAGUUGAACAUUUAAUUGAAUUUGAAUAUUUUGCAUUGAAUUUGAAUAUUUUGCAUUGAAUAAUUUGAAUAUUGAAUUGAAUGUGAUGACAAAUUGAUUCAUUUGAACAUAGUAUUGAAUUUGUUAUGAAAUGUUUAAUGUAAAGGUCGAGUUGAUUUUAAACAUUUUCAAAAAAUUUCAACAUGAAUUGGACAAUUUAAUUUAUAGUAUAGAAACAUUCAUCAUUUUUCAAUUAGUUUAAAGUUUUAUUCAAUAAACCCAUUAUUUA